AUGGCCUACGCACCGGGCUCGCCUACAAAGAGGCAGUCGCGUGCAGAUGACCAAGAGUAUGCGCUCUUCAAUCGCAACCCAUCUGCCUUGUCAAAAGCGACGCAGGAUAAGGCUACUUCUACAAAGCUGAAGCUGGAGCACUACUACAAAGUGGCCGUCGAGCAUGCGGUAGAGCGUAACGCACGUCGUGUGGAGCUGGAGAACCGCCUUGCUCAAGACAGGGGCUCUGACGAGCGGAAGAACAGACAGUUGCGAGCGCUGGGUCAAAAGGAGUCGCAAUUCCUGCGGCUGCGACGGACGCGACUGGGCCUGGAUGACUUUAGCACAGUCAAGGUCAUUGGUAAAGGCGCGUUUGGCGAAGUCCGUCUGGUGCAAAAGGUAGACACGGGCAAGAUUUAUGCAAUGAAGACGCUGCUCAAGUCGGAGAUGUACAAGAAGGAUCAGCUCGCGCAUGUCAAGGCAGAGCGUGAUGUCUUGGCAGAGGCAGACUCGCCAUGGGUUGUUUCGCUCUACUACUCUUUUCAAGAUGCUGAAUACCUCUAUCUCAUCAUGGAAUUCUUGCCGGGCGGCGACCUGAUGACCAUGCUCAUCAAGUAUGAUACAUUUUCUGAAGAUGUCACGCGGUUCUACAUUGCUGAAUGUGUCCUGGCCAUCGAGGCAAUCCAUAAGCUUGGUUUCAUUCACCGGGACAUCAAGCCCGACAACAUUCUGAUUGACGAGCGUGGACACAUCAAAAUGUCCGACUUCGGACUGUCAACGGGCUUUCACAAGACGCAUGACUCUGCCUACUACCAGCGCCUGCUUGAGGGUAAGCAGCAGCCUCCUCCAUCCAAUCGUAACAGCGUCAUGAAUGAUCAGAUCUUCAUGACACUGAGCUCAAAGGACAAAAUCGCGACUUGGAAGGCCAAUCGUCGUGUCAUGGCCUACUCAACUGUUGGUACACCCGACUACAUUGCGCCAGAGAUUUUCUUGCAGCAAGGAUACGGCAUGGAGUGUGACUGGUGGUCUUUGGGUGCCAUCAUGUUCGAAUGCCUCGUCGGCUGGCCUCCUUUCUGUUCUGAGAAUGCACACGAGACGUAUCGCAAGAUUUUGGCAUGGCGAGAGACGCUCUACUUCCCUGAUGAUGUGCAUCUAUCGCGCGAGGCCGAAGACUUGAUACGCCGACUCAUCACGAGCGCUGACCAACGUCUCGACCUCAACAGCAUCAAGAACCAUACCUUUUUCCGCGGCGUGGACUGGAGCACGAUUCGCAACAUUGAGGCGCCUUUCGUGCCACAACUGAAGAGUAUGACGGAUACUGCGUACUUUCCAACUGAAGAUCUUGAGAAUGUCGACCCGAACCCGAAUCCAACGCCCUCGAAUCCUGGGCAGUCUGCUGGUAACGAGGGUGAUGGCGGUCUUGCCUUUGUUGGCUAUACAUUCAAGCGCUUUGAGCGUAUGGCGCACAACAUUUGA